CUUGGCCGCGCUCACGCGAACCCCGGUCCUGCGUAAUUUGCGCGCCGCCUUCCUCCAGCACUUGGGAGAAUUGUACCUUUCACGGACUAAAGAUACAUGUUCCGUUUUCAGUCCCUUGAUGAAGAUUGUACCCUGGAGAAGGAGGAGGGGCUGGUAGAAGAAGAAGAUGAGAUUGACCAGUUUAAUGACGACACCUUCGGAGACGGAGCCAUCGAUGAUGACUGGCAGGAGGAGCACAAGCGGCUCGCCGAGCUCGAAGAACGAAAGAACGACGGACUCGGAGGUUUAGGACUAGGGGGACUAGGGAUGGGGGGAAUGGGAGGAGGAGGAGGAGGAGAAGCUUCCACCGUUCACCUCCCUCCUCCCGCCAGUCGCAUCCCCCACCCGUCGUCCCUCCCCCCACCCCAUCACGCCCUCUCUUCGAUUCCCCCUCCGGGCCUGGAGGAGAGGGGGGGAGGCGACUUAGCCGAGUCCCUAGCCAUGUUGAUCUUAGGGGCGGACCCGGCCAUCGCCAGCGUGGGUGGUCCAGCCGGGCCUGGUGACCGGUCCAGUGGUCUCCCUGCUCCCCCCUCCAUGCCCCAGCAGCAGCAGCACCACCACCACCCCUCCCAGCUCCCUCCCCACCACCAGCUGACCCCGUCUGGGCUGCCCCCUGGCCCACCGCACCCCUCCCUGCUUAGCUACCAGCAGCAUCAGCACCUCAUACGCCGAGGGGCGGCCCCCAUGCAACAGAUGAACUCACACAAUAUCUGGGAGAACAACAUGGGAUUUGGGCCUGUGAGCGUCACCCCUGGACUAAUCACUCAAAUGGAGGACAGUCCACUUAUGUCCAUCAUCAAAGAGGUGGGGCUGCCCAAUCGGCCUCCGCCAAUGAUGAGCGAGGAUGGGCGGGACUUGUCGGAAAGGGCCCCCCCGCCUCGCUCGUCCUCUCCCGUGAUUGGUAGCCCACCAGUGAGGGCGGUGCCUAUCGGGACUCCGCCCAAGCAGCCGAUGAGUCAUGCUAUGAAUCAUCAGCAGCAGAUCCACCACCCCACCGCCGUUCAUGUGCGAGCCCCGGUCCACCACCAACACCGCUACCCCCCUUCCUUCCCCGAGCGCAUCUCCCCCAACACCCUCCUAAACAUCGCCAACUCUCCUCUGUGUCGUCCUCCGUUCCCGGCUGGAGUGGGUCCCGUUCUGUCCCAGAUCCAACGCGCCCAGAUGCUCAACUCUCAGGUUGCUGGCUUCCCCAGGGGCUGUCAGGGUCCCCCGUUGCUGCCUGGCGGCGGAGGCUUCAGGCCCUUCUUCGGCCAGCCCCCUCCCCACAGGAUGGGUCCCCACCCCGGCGGGCCCCCUCCCAACCACAACCACGUCCCCUGUCCCAUCAUCCGGCACAACACCACACACCUGCACCCCCAGCACCGCCGCAUGCUUACCCAGAGGAUGCAGAGUAGAGGAGGUGAGCGUGGCGGGCGUGUGGGGGACUGGCGGAGCAGGGACCCCUACAGUAACUUGAUGACCCAGAGGGAGAAGGAGUGGGUGGCCAAGAUCCAGAUGAUGCAGCUGCAGAGCACUGAUCCCUACCUGGAUGACUACUACUACCAGAAUUACUUUGAGAAGAUGGAGAAGAGGCAGGAGAGAGACAGAGACGGCGUGAGGAAGGAGCACACCACCAAACUCAUCACCCCCCAGGUGGCCAAGCUGGAACACAUCUACAGACCAGUGCAGUUUGCAGGCUCGCUGGGUAAGCUGACUGUGUCCAGCGUCAACAACCCCAGGAAGAUGAUCGACACGGUGGUGACCAGUCGCACUGAUGACGAGGAGAAGAGAGAGAAACAGGUGUGGAAUAAGAGACGGCAGAUCCUCUACACUGUGGAGAAGAUGUACAGUCUGCUGCUGGAGGUGCAGGACUUUGAGAAGCGCUUCAUGCAGACGCCGGAGGAGCAAAGAGAGGCCCUGCUGGAGCGGCACAAAACCCACACCCUGCAGCUCUACAGCUCCCUCAAGGAGAAGGAGUGGGACGACAGAGUGAGUGACGAGCAGUGUCUGUUGAUCAUGUCGGUGCGGAAGGGAAAGCGCCUCAUCUCCAGGCUCAUCCCUUUCCUGCCUCCGCUGCAGGCCGCCACCGUUGUCAUGGGGAUUGCCCGGAACCUGCCCGCCCUGGCAAAGAAAGACAAACAGGACCAGGUGCUGUGCUGGUUGGUGGAGCCCGUUGCCGUGGUGAUCUCAUCCCUAUCUAGCGCCGUCCUCACAGACUUGCUGCAGGAGCUGCAAGGCAGCGAGGGUCAACUGUCCAAAGUGUUGCAAAAUAAGUUUGGUGUGACGCUGCUUUACCUGAUCCUGAGUGAAGGAGAGAGAAUGCAGAGCUCCGACCCCAACUGUCAACUCAUGGAUGACAAUCGAUGGACGGAGUUGGUGUUCUCUGUGACCAGGGAGCUGCUCAACGUGCCCCCCUCGUCCCUAUCCCCUCCUCUCUUCACCCCUCCCAACCUGCUCUCUCUCUUCUCGCGCUACGUAGACCGACAGAGGCUGGAGCUGCUGCAGGAGAAGUUACAGAUCUCUACAUUGUCCAGGUAGAAGUGACAUCAAGGAAACCCCAGUUGAAGCGUAUGUCUUUGUGUGUGUGCGUGCACUCUUGUACGUGUGUGCACAGAAGAGAGUAGGAUGUCUACUAGGGUUGAUAAUGAUUUUAAUCCAGCAGAAUCUCUUGUCAGUUUUUUCUUUGUGUCCAUUAGGUGUGUAUGCGUGUGUGAGUGAGCGAGAGAGCUAUGAUCGGAGAGAAAAUAAAAUCAGCUUUUUUUAUUAUCUUGUUAACGUUGAUGCCUGUGAUAAAACAUCAAAUUAAAAGUAUUUCUAUUGUAUACAA